CCGGAACCCAGGGGCUGAAAGAGUUUCCUGUUCAACAGAAAAACAACGGGUUUUUCCUUUAGCGAGCGGUACAUUACUCUCAGGAAAUACGGGCCUAGGAAGCAGGCUUAUUGCGACUCUGGACCCGGGCACUUUGGCAUUGUACAUUAUAGCUGUGAGGGGUCCGAGAAACACAGGGUGUGAGAAGGCAGGAAGACCAUGUCCAUGUGUGCUCACGGCCGAAGUCCUGCUCCAAGGAAAUCCAGGUGGCUCUGUCUGACUGUGCUGCUGCUUCUGCAGCAAGGGAACUGGGGUCAGAUCAUGGUGACCCAGAGCCCGAAUGUGGUUGUGUCGAGGCUGAAUCACAACGCCACUCUGGCCUGCAACUUCUCGCACACCGAAGACCAGAAGGUGACCGGGGUGAUCCUGUACUGGUACCACACCGGGCCCAACGGGCAGGACCUGUACGCCUACCCCGACACCCAGGCUCGGCCUGAGUACAAGAACCGGGUCGUGGCCCUUGACAGAAGCAGCACCUCGGAGAACAAGUCCGUGGUUUUGCAAAACGCGACCUGGAGGGACAGCCAGAGGUACCGCUGCAUGCUGUCGUACGAAACGCGACAGGAGCCCCAGAGAAAGAGAGGAGGAGGAGUUCUGCUUCUGUUACACGAUUCUAUUACCUUUGACCUUGCCCCUGGGAUGGUGAGCGAACUGCUGUGCUCCGUCAAAGUGUCCCCGGACCCCGGGUUCCGCCUGAGUGUGUUCCGGGAUGGCGUGCACGUUCUGACUGCCCAAAACCACACCCCCGCCCCCCACGUCACGCUGUCACUCCUCGUCCCCGUCCCUGUCGCCCACAACAUGGAGUGCCGGCUCAAUCACAGCUCGGGCUUCAUCCUGAAAAAGACCUACUCCAUCCAGCCGCUCCCCGAGCCAGUCUUGCUCUAUGUCGCCAUACUGCUUGUGCCCUUCAUCGUUUUAGUCAUCUCCCUGACUGCACAUCUCAUCACGACAUCUGGGCGUGUAAAAAGUCACGGAGUUCGCUAAUAUGCUGACGCAACGCUAAACGAGCCGGGAUCACCUUCAGCUGUUUGCCUGCGUUCACAAGGAGAGAUCUGCUCGUCGCGUUCACGUCUGCUGUCAAUCUAGGAGUACCUGGCUGAAACGAUGUUACUGUGGAGAAAAAGUCCUGACCCUCACCUGCACUGCAGCCAACAGGACAGCCCCCCGCCUACAUACAGGACAUGAUUCAAUCCUACACGCCAGCUCGACCACUCCGCUCUGCUGCAGCAGGGGCAACUUGCAC